GCACUUGCUCUUAUAAUUGUUGUGACAAUAAUGUUCUUUUGUUUUUGGAGAAAGAAACAAGAGUUACCAAAAGAACAUAGAAGGGUGAAUAAGGAUAAAUUUCUUUCGGUAUUAAAUUUUGAUGGAAAAACAAUGUUUGAAGAAAUUGUAAGUGCAACAGAGAAUUUUGAUGCCAAGUAUUGUAUUGGGAGUGGUGGGUUUGGCAGUGUUUACAAAGCACAAGUUCUAUCAAGGGCUGUUUUUGCAGUAAAGAAAUUUCACUCAUUUCAUCUUGAUGAGGUAGAUGACCAAAAAGAGUUUUUAAAUGAAAUAAAGUCAUUAACAGAGAUACGACAUCGAAAUGUUGUGAAAUUUUUCGGUUUUUGUGUACAUUCUCAACACUUUCUUUUAGUUUAUGAGUAUCUUGAAAGAGGUAGUUUGGCCACUUUCUUGAGUACUGAAGCUACAGCAAGAGAAUUGGAUUGGGGUAAAAGAGUAAAUAUCUUAAAAGGUGUGGCUAGAGCAUUGUCCUACCUACACCAUGGUUGCCUCCAACCAAUAGUCCAUCGAGACAUAUCAAGCAAAAAUGUGUUGUUGGAUUCAGAAUAUGAAGCUCAUAUUUCAGACUUUGGAAUUGCAAAAUUUCUCAAGCCAGACUCAUCCAAUUGGACACAACUUGCAGGCACAUAUGGAUAUAUUGCACCAGAAUUAGCUUAUACAAUGAAGGUAACUGAGAAAUGUGAUGUAUAUAGUUUUGGAGUGUUAGCAUUAGAAGUAAUCAAAGGAAAUCAUCCUAGUGAUAUCAUUCCUUCUUUAUCCUCUUCUUUCACUUGGGAGAACAUGUUGUUGAACAACAUUUUGGAUCCACGUCUUUUACUUCCUUCGCCUACUGUUCAAGAUCAACUAAUGGUCAUCAUAAAGCUAGCAAUCGAUUGCUUGGGUGCAAAUCCAAAACACAGGCCGACCAUGGACAUGGUUUCUCGUAUGUUUUGAACUACAACGUAUCAUUAUUAAUACUUGGUAGAAUGUCUUCUACAGUAGAAUAAAAAUAAUGUGUCAUUUUGUUAUUCUAGUUCAUUGCAUGCAUCUAGUUUCCUAGGCAUGGUUUUU